AUGAAGGGAAGAAUAGUAUUGCACAUGCAUUACUUUGAGGAAUCUGUUUCCCUCCCCUCUGAAAAAACAAUGGACGAGGAACAACAGAAGAAGCACUUAGCAAUGGUGGAGCGUCUCUCGAAACGCCCCCAAACCCAUUCAGAUAAGUCCGAAUCUUCAUUAGAAUCUACUUCUUCUUUCCUCUCACGCUUCUCUCAUCUUAAAUCCUCCAUAGAAUCUCAACUCGCUCAUUCCCAUUCACUUUCAUCAGAUCCAUCUCAACUCAAACUCCACUUCCACAAUGUUUCCGCAUCAAUCUCCGAUUUGGAGAAACUCGUCGCCGAAAACUCCUAUUUCUUACCCUCCUACGACGUCCGAGUCUCCCUCAAAACCAUCUCCGAUUUAAAACUCGCCCUCGACCACCUCAGCUCCCAGCUUAUCCCUAAAAAGAAAUUCUCCUUCAAAAACAAAUCUAACAAGAAAGACCAGAAUCCACUUGUUACCGAACCCAAACAACCCCAACUUCCCAACCGCGAUUGUCAUUCACGUGAUAAAACGAUUCUAGCCGCGCGUGACUUGCCCGGGUUCAGAAACAAAGCUGGCGAGGUUUUGGUUGGGGCGUUCCGGGAAUCAGAGGUUGGGGAGUUCACGGUUUCGGAUCUCGAUUCUUGCGAAGUGAGAAUAAUUGGUUGCGUGAGGGCGCUUUUCGUUCACAGGUUGAAGAAUUGUAGGGUUUACGUGGGGCCAGUGACGGGGUCGAUUCUUAUUGAGGAAGUUGAGGGCUGCGUCUUCAUGAUGGCGUCGCAUCAGAUUAGGAUUCACGGUGCUAGAGGAAGUGACUUCUACCUUAGGGUUAGGAGCAGGCCUAUAAUCGAGGACAGUAACGGCGUGAGGUUCGCUCCGUAUUGUUUGAGUUACAUAGGGAUUGAAGAGGAUCUUCGCGGUGCUGGUCUCGAUGCCGAGACCGGAAAUUGGGGCAAUGUCGAUGAUUUCAAGUGGCUGCGCGCGGUGCAGUCUCCGAAUUGGUCGAUUUUGCCGGAGAAAGAAAGGGUUGUGAUCGUUGAUAUAUCUAAUUUGAACAAUGGGAACGAGGAAAUUUGAUCUCAACAUUGUUUAUUUCUUUCAAGAGCCGUGUGGAACCAGACUAUUAUUAUUGAAUGUAGGUAUGCUCUGUUUUUCAAAUUUUGAUGAUGAGA